UGCACUUCAUUAUGAAGGUCCAGAAGCAACGUGUAUUUUUGUCAACUUGUGUUUAUGUAUUACACCUGAUGAACUUAUGGCCCAAAGAGAAUCAGUAUGUUUAUUCAAAAUGGAGAUUUAUUAAAGAUAUCUCACUAAUCGUAUCUAUUAUGCCGUGUGCAAUACCGAUUUUAGCAGACUUCUCUUUACAACUUUACGAUGGCAUCACAGAUUUAACGGCAAUAAUCGAUAAUUUAAUAGCCCUAACAUGCAUCGUAGAAAUGAUCUACAUGAUAAUCUGCUUCAUCAAUAAACGCAGAUUAAUAAAAAAACUGGUCACAUCCAUCUGUGAUUUCGAGAAGUAUGGCCAGUCCCAAGAAUUGCUUCAAACCGACCGCAAGGCCAAUCUAUACAGCAAAAUGUUCCUGUGGUACGGAAUCCUGGGCAAUUUCGUGUACAUGCUAAUGCCGCAGCUGAACGUAAAACAUUGCGUCGAGAACAGAUCCCAGCAGCUCAUUGAUCAGGGGAUACCUUGUGGCUUGGUGGUGCGGUGUAGAUUUCCCUUCAAGUUCGAUUACACUCCCGUAUUUGAAAUUGUAUUCGUACACCAAAUCUACACAUGCUCUAUGGUAACGCUGGUUGUUCUGGUGCUCACCAUGUUACUGUGCGGGUUUCUGAUGCAUUUGGAACAUCAAUUGCAGCAUCUGAAAAGCUACAUCGAAAGAUUAGAUUUGGUGCCCUGUUGUCAGUAUAUUGAACAGUUGCAUUUUUGCAUUAAAUAUCAUUGUGCUAUAAUUGAUUAUUCGUCGGCACUGAAUGAGGCGUUCAGUUUGAUGAUGUUGUUGCAUUUGUCGUUGACUUCUAUAGUUAUCAGUGUUCUUGGUUUUGAAGUGUUGUCCGUUGAUAACUUAAUGGAUUCUGUUAGGUUUUGUUUGCAUUUACUUGGUUGGCUCGUCUUGCUCUUGCUCAUUUGCUACUACGGGCAGAAACUUGCUGAUGAAAGUUUGAGUCUUGCUGAAAAGAUUUAUUCACUAUCAUGGUUUACUAGAAGUACAAAUGCCAAGUUACAAAUGAAAAUGAUGAUUAUGAGGUCUCAAAAACCUUUAACAUUAUCAGCUGCUGGAAUGGGUGUUAUGACUUUACCAACUUUUUUAAGGGUUUUGAGUUCUGCUUAUUCCUUUUUAACUUUAUUACUUAAAAUUAAAUCCUAAUUUUAAUUAUUGUAAGAAUUUUAAAAUAAAAAUUAUAUAACUCUUAA